UUGUAUAGGGCAAAAAAAAAUUCUUUUUUAAUUAUCCCAAAAAAAAAAAACGGUGGAUUUUCAGUGACAACGGAUCAGCCGAUAGCUGUGCGCUUAUAUUUUGUGAAAAAUGAGAAGGAUGAUUAUUACAAAAAGAAGCGGCAGUUUACGCUUCGCGAUCUGAAAACCGUCGAUGGCAUCAACCCACGUAAGCUGAUGCCCGAGUUUGAAUUGGUCAUCGGCGAUCGCUUGUUCCGACUUUGCGCUUCGACGGCUGAAGAAAAAGAUGCAUUUAUCAAGCAACUUUACAAGUUUGCCAAUAAAUAUCUUCCGGUUCAAAAGCCAGAUUUUGUUAACGUACCAAUACCUGUGGAAACACCGCAUAUGGCUGUUAUUGCGGAACAUGUUGACGAUGAUACGGAUGAGGGAUUGGCCGAUUAUCAGCCGAUAUCGGCGAAAGAAGAAGCGGAUUUUCGAAGGCUGCUUGCUCGCGCGAAUCUGACAAUUGGUGAGGCGGACAAGUUUGCAGCAGUGCUUGCAGCACAACUUCAACUUCUGGAUGGCGCCAAUAUACAGUCGAUAAUGGACAGUGAAGCAGCGGUGAAUGAUCUGAUUGCGCUGAUUGACGGAGCUCUGGAGGAAGCCGAUUGCCUCGAUAACGAGCUGGAUAGCUUUGAUAAAUUACUCUAUGUUAGUGAAUCUCUCUACAUGCCAUUCCUCACAGUGGCAUCUUUCCCUACCACGGCAUAG